AACAAGCAAACACAACAGCAUUUGUUUAUUUGACAUUUGUUAGCUUGAACGUUUUUCCCGAUUAUUUCCUAAACAAUUUGUUUUAAUCAGGCACUUAUUAUAGUUACCUGUCGUCACCAGGGGUCCUCAGUGUGCAGGUGUGAGGGAGGAACAGGGAGUGUGUAAAGUAUCUGGUCUUAAAGGGAACAUCAGCAGAUUGUGAGGAUGGAGCACACAGAGGACUGGAAGAUUCAGGCUUUAAACACAGAAACACAGCAGAUGCUGAAAACAGCACUGACAGACCCAGGCACAGUAGACUUGGUGAAGUUGUGUGAUAUGAUAGUGGACCAGGCGCUGAAGGACUCGUCCCUGUGCAGAGACGCAGGACAUGUCUGCUGUACCUUAGUGCAGGUGUCUUCUUCUUCUGAUUAUUCUGUACCGUGUGUACGGCAGGUGGAGGCGAAGUGUAGCAGCACGAGUGUGUUCAGGAGGAACAUGCUGACUCGGCUGCAGCAGGAGUUUAUGAGGCGAGAGGCCACGAGGCAGCGAUCGCUGCAUGAGUGGGUGUGUGUCGUCUCUCUCCUCUGUAACAUCUUUGACAAUCUGAAGGUAAAUAACAGCCCCAUGGCUGCUCUGGUGGAUCCGGUGUAUGAUUGUUUGUUCAGAUUGGCUCAGGCUGAUGCUCUGGUUAAUGAGGUGGAGGUGGACUGCUUGGCUUUGCAGCUCCAUCGUCUUGGUGAGCAGCUGGAGAAGCUGAACACCAGGCGGAUGGAUGAGCUCUUCUUCCUGCUUAGAGACGGUUUCCUCCUGCAGGACGAUCUGAGCUCCAUGAGCCGCCUACUGCUGCUGGAGCUGCUCGAGUGCCGCGCUGCCAGAUGGAAUCUGAGCAAAAACGCUCAGCGCUACUACUACUACAGCGAGGUGGUGGAGUGAGGAACACUGGGAUUGUGCCACAGAGUGUGAUCUAGCAUCAGGAGUAGAAGAUCAGACUGUGUAAGGAGGAAUAUGAGCGAGGAGCUCCAGGGGUUCCUCCUGCUGUCUGGAGAUGUGAUGUAAUGAGGUUGUGUGUGCAUGUGUGGUGUUCACAGGUGCAGGUGUGAUUCAUGUUCUUCCAGUGUGGAGGAUUGAGAUGAAUGUUCCAGAGAUGUGGAUCUGCCACGUUAGACACGUUAAUCAUCUUGUUCUAGUUGUUCUGAGAUGAACAGUGUUUGCACUUCUCACUGUUAGAUGAUGCUGAUUCCGUUAAAACUGAAAAAUAAAGUGAUUCUUAUUUAAACUGUGAUACGCUGAUCAUCACCAGCACACUGAUAAACUGAUACACGUGACACGUUUUUUUUUGAUAAACAUUUUCACCAACAGUUUUGUAUAUUUGUACUGUUUAAAAAUAAAUACACUCGUUUGUUAUAUGUGUUUAUAGUGAAAUUGAUCUAAAAUAAAAAGUGUUUGUUGGUCAUUUGCUGCUGUUUCU